GGACCCCUCCACAGGGCACUGUGGAGGUUUUAUGGGCAUUUCCCUCAUCCUGCAGAUGUCCAGCAGCUGCUGGUGAGCAAAGAAGAAGAGAAGGAACUGUGGCUCAUUUAGGAGGGAGUGCAGCUUCUGAUCCCACCAUGUUCCCCUUCAGUUCUGUCUCUGUGAAGAGCGAAGAUGAUGAAGAGAAACCUCAGUCCUCUCAGCUUCACAGAAAAACUGAACAGAUGGAAAUGGGAGCUGAUGGAGAGGACUGUGGAGGAGCAGAACCAGCCAGGAUCUCAGAUCCAGAGACACAUUUACAACCAGAGGCUGAGGUCAAAACUGAAGACACUGAGGAGAAAGUUAUCUAUGGCUCAAGUUGUGAGAACCAUUUUACAAAAACAACAAAUUUGGGCCAACACAUGAUAGUCCAUAAAGUGGAACACAGAGGGGAAGGGUGGGGGGACCCAGAGUUUCCACUUAUUAAGGAGGAAGAGAAGGAAGUCUGUAUCAGUCACACUGUUUCAGUGAAGAGUGAAGAUAAAAGUCAGUCCUCAGUGCUUCACCAGAGACUAGUUGAACAGGCAGAAACAGGAGCUGAUGGAGAGAACUGUGAAGGAGGAGGAUCAGCCGGGAACUCAGAUCUAGAGAGACAUUUACAACCACAGACUGAGGUCAUGACUGACGAGUCUUCUGGAACUGAUGACAGUGCAGACAGUGACUUCUGGAAAGAGACCAGGCAUCGUCAUUUAGGUUCCACUUAUCAGAGAAAUAAAAAAGUUUUGGCAGGUAAUAGAUUUAAUCCCAUCAGGAAUAUACGUGGCUGUUCUAAUGAUCUUGAUAAAUCUGGCCCCGGCAAACACAACACUGUAGAGAUUGAUUUACGCCAUAAGCAAGAGAACCUUCAGUCAGAUCCACAUUUUAUGAAAUAUGCAGAACCGUCUGAACAUGUUGCAGAUGUUUCAUCUUCUUGCUUUUUGGUGCAUCAGACAGAAAUCACUAAAUCUUUGCAGCUUCAUCAAAGACAGAUUGAAAUGACAGAGACUUGGGCUGAUGGAGACGACUGUGGAGGAGCACUACCCACCAAGAACUCAGAUGCAGAGAGACAUUUACAACCAGAGACUAAGAUCAAGACUGAAGAUUCUGCUGGAACUGAUGACAGUGCAGAUAGUGAUUUCUGGAAGGAGACAAGAGAGCGUAAGCCAGACUCAUCCUCUGAGAAGAGGUUAUGCAGCUGCUCUGACUGUGGCAAGACAUUCACAGUAAAACAGAGACUGAUUCUGCACAGAAGAAUUCACACAGGAGAGAAACCAUUCAGCUGCUCUAUUUGCAAUAAAAGGUUUACACAGAAAGGUCAUUUGGACACGCACAUGAGAGUCCACAACGAUGACAAACCAUUCAGCUGCUCUGAGUGUGGUAAAAGAUUUAGACAAAAGUAUUACGUGAAACAUCACAUGGCACGUCACGGCAAGGAAAAGCCCUUCAUCUGCUCUGUUUGUCAUCAAGGAUUGUUUGGGUAUCAUCAAUUAAAAUCACACAAGUGUGUUGGAGGUAAAGCUUCAGAGAAUCACCAGAACCAAACUGUAGUAAUGCAAAAGGCAGACACAGAAGCUGAUGAAGAGGACUGUGGAGGAGAAGAACCUGCCAGGAACUCUGAUCCAGAGAGACAUUUACAACCAAAGACUGAGGAAAAUCCUAAAGACUCAUUGCAACCGGAGACAAAAGACAGUGAUGGUCGGAUGGCCUUUGGAAAACAACAGUCAGAUUUAAAAUCUAAAGGAUACAUUAAAAAUAAGAGACAAACAACUUCCCAGGAAUCGUAUAGGUGCCCUGAAUGUGGCAAAACCUUUGCCCUAAUUUCUGAUCUGAGUCCACAUAUAACAAUUUGUGCAGAAGUGAAAACCAGUUGCUCUGUAUGCAGCAAAAGAUUGAACCAAAAAGUGAACUUGAGCUCACAUUUAUUGGUUCCUGCAAAAGAAAAACCAUUCAGUUGCUCAGUCUGCAGUAAAAGAUUUAACCAUAAAUCUGGUCUGAAAGCUCACAUGAUACACCACAGUGCAGAAAAACCCUUCAGCUGUUCUGAAUGCAGCAAAAGAUUCAGUCUGAAAGGUAAUCUGACCAUACACAUGCUACUUCACAGGGGAGAGAAACCAUUUUCUUGCUCCAUUUGCAAUAAAAGAUUUACUCAAAAAGGAACUCUGAACACACACAUGUUGGUUCACACGGGAGAAAAACCCUUCAACUGCUCUGAUUGCAAUCAAAGAUUUAAACUAAAGUCUUAUUUGAAACUUCACAUGGCACGUCAUAGAGGGGAGAAGCCUUUCAGCUGUAGUGAUUGUUACCAAAGGUUCAGUUGGCGCUGUCAGUUAAAGACACACAAGUGUGCUGGAGGUCAGGCAACAAGGAUUGAUCAAAUCUAAACUUAAGUAAAAAGAGAGGUGGAAACAUGAGCCAAUGGAGAGGGCAGUACCAGACUCUCUUAAAAAAUCAGUUUGAAAUGAAAUACUCCCCUGCAGCAGAGACUAAAGGCAGAGAUGGUAUUAACAGUGUGACAACAUUAAAAAAAACCCUGACUACCCACAUGAUAGUUCACUCAGCAGAGAAACCCUUCAGCUGCUCUGUUAGCAGGAAAGAUUUACUAAAAAGCGAAGUCUAGCCACAAAAGCCUUUAUUUCACAAAGGGGAGAAACCCUUUAGCUGCUCCACUUUGCCCUCACAGCUAAAAGUACACAGUUCAGAGGUUUAUCGAAACCACAUAGGAGAAAAAAGAGGAGCUGAUGAGGAGGAAUGUGGAGGAGCAGAACCAGCAAGACCUCCAAAGAGACAUUUACAACCGGAGACUGAGGUCAAGACUGAAGAUGUGUUUUUAUCUAAGACUGAAGACAUCGAUGAUGACUGAAAGGACUUAAGAGACUGUCAUGUUUUUUCCUUAUGGAAUUUUAGUUUCAUUCCUGAUACAUGAUAGUGGUGGUGAAAAACUUCUCACCUUAAGUGAUACUUUUUCAGGUUGAUCUUUCUUUUGUUGAAAGAAUAAAAUUCACAUAUAAAGCUAAGGCCAGACUGCACAAGUUUGUAGUCUUUUUACAUUCUUUUUGAUGGUCAGGACCUUAGAUAAGCUGGUCACAGAGCCAUACAUUUGUGUCCAGACUUGACAUACUGCACAACACAAUAGUGAACAAUCAAUUGGCCAUCGCCCCUCACUGUUUCUUAGGGUCCAUUUUUGAUAGA